CGUCAGAUAGAGGUGGUUAUGCUUGCGAGGACGGACGAUCACAAAAGGAGUUUCCUUGAAUCACAGGCAACUGGCCGAUAAAUAUACAAAAACUGCAAGUAUAGGUUUCGUGUUGGAAUCUAAAGGGUACCCCUAUUAAGCUAAUCCUAUUUAAAACAAUUCUCUAUGUUUUCUCUCUCCGCCCCCUUUAAAGUUCUCUUUCCUUGAUCGAUUGAUCAAUCAACCAAGCUCAAUUCUUGGAACCCUAAUUGCUUAAUCAAAGUUUCUUGCUUUCGUGUUGGAGUGUCGUGCAAGUCUCGCCAUGGCCAAAAGCUCCUUCAAGCUCGAACAUCCAUUGGAGAGGAGACAAGCUGAAGCUGCUCGCAUUAGAGAGAAAUAUCCUGAUAGAAUACCUGUGAUUGUUGAAAAGGCUGAGAAGAGUGAUGUUCCUGACAUCGACAAAAAGAAGUAUCUUGUUCCUGCUGAUUUAACCGUCGGCCAAUUUGUUUAUGUUGUUCGGAAAAGGAUCAAGCUCAGUGCUGAAAAGGCUAUUUUUGUCUUUGUGAAGAACACUCUACCUCCAACUGCUGCAUUGAUGUCUGCAAUUUAUGAUGAAAACAAGGACGAAGAUGGUUUCGUUUACAUGACUUACAGUGGAGAGAACACCUUCGGGAAUCUUUAAGAGCUAUGAUAUAACUAAAUAGAACCAGAAAGGUGUAAAUUCUCAGCAGUCUGUUUCAGUAAAUGAUCUAAUCUUCUUUUUUUUUUUUUUAAGUCCUGGGGUUUUAAUUUGGCCUCUUAUUGGAAUUGAAUGAAUGAAGUGUUACUCAUUGUCCUUUGGAU